AUGCCUUCUCCGGAGCUCUCCUCCGGUCACUUCGCGCUCACGGGUAUGGUAUCGCGUCCUCCUCUCUGCGUCAACAUCGUCCGGCUUAAGAAUGCGCUAAGCGACGCCUCUGAGCUCAGCCGACGGGCGCUCAAGCUGGAGAGUGUCCUCCUAGGGGAACUACUCGCGGAAGAGUACCCCGAGGACGACGAAAAACCGCCGUCGAGCGCCAUCACGGUGGUUCCGGUCGACUUCAGCACCCUCGCGGUGGUCUCUGACGAAGAGCACGAGUCCGCGGUGGGCCUCUACCUCGCCAGGAUCGCCGCCUCGGGUCUCGCCGACUUCCUCGUGCACGCCGCGAGGAACGCCGACGAUAACGAGCAGGCCAUCCGCUCGCUGCUCCCGAACCUGCUCGAGCGAGCGCUCGAGUACCUCCCGAGCGAGAGAUGGACCAUCCUCGGACGCGCGCCGGACGGCCUCCGCCUGGUCAGACGCCGCGGCGACGCCGCUCUCACUUCGUCCCCCUUUCACCUCCUCGAGAACCCCACUCUCGACGUCCUCAACUUCACGGCCACACCCGCGCUAGACUGGGGAGGAGCCGCGAACGGGGGCGACAGGGUCGUCUUUCCCGCCAUCAGGCCGGCCACGAUCCGCAUGCAGCCCCUCGGAUCCAUCGUCGCGAUGCUACAGAACGCGCAGGUCUCCCAAACGGUCAUUGACACCUUCCGAGCCGGGGGCGACGCACAGCUGUGCGAAAACGAGGACCUGGUCGCAGUCACAGCCGUUCCCCUGCUCCACAAGGAGGCCCGCAUCCUGUCCUUACUGCGGCGUAUUCCCGACGCCUAUGGGUUCGAGUCGCUCGACGCCUAUUACGCCGAUUUCAGCGCCAGGUACGAGCUAGUCGACGGCGUCCCCGAGAUGACUUGGCACGACGACGACAACGGCGGAGACCUCUUUGCCGAGCUGCGCUUUUGCGACGACGACGACGAACGCGUGCGUCGACUGUGGCCCGCGUCCUUGCUCCUCGGCCGCGCCGGCGCCACCGAGAUCCCCGCUUCGAUGAACGACGCCGAGGCGGCGGCUAUGUUAACCGAUCUGGCGGACGAUCUGCGGGGCUGCCCCGACAGGCUCGGCAUCGGCAUGAACCUGGACGGACACGCCGCCGGGACCUCGGGCAAGGGUAGGUCGCGGGGAGGAGCCGUCGCCACCUACGAGGUGCCCACGACGACGCCGCACGACGCUACUUUUCGCCUCGCGUCGCAAUCGAAGCCCCUCGCGCCCCUGAAGCCGCGCCUCGAGGUCAUCGUCGAGGAUGAAUCUCCCUCGCCCCUCCCCGUGCUUGUGGAACCCAUCCAGCCUGGAACCGCGCCUCGAGCGGUUAAGGUCGCCUCGUUCAAAACAUCCGUCCCCACGCGCGCGCCGCUCCAGCCGGUGACCCCGACGGAUGCUAACGCUCGCGACGACGACGGCGACCGGCUGCCGUCCGUCGAUGCCGAUCCCAAGGCGGUCUACCCCAAGCCAAAGGUGAGGAAGCUGGUGAUGUCCAAGCACGCCAAUUCCGCGCCUCAGACCCCAGCCAAGCCCAUGGCCAAGCCCGCGGACGAGACCGCGGACGAGGCCGCGGACGACGUAAUGAUCGAUGAGAUGGCGGCUUACUUGACGGAGAUGGACGCUGCUCAGCCGGAGAUGGCCGGUGUGAAGAGGAAGGCUUACUCGGCGGCCAUGCCUCCCGCCGCCACUAAGGCACCCAAAAAGCCCAACAUUCCCAGGCCCGUGCCCGCCGUCCUCCCCACGAAACCCUCGCCGGAAGUCAAGGAGCCGGACAGGACCAAAGCGAAGAGAGCGCCUAGGAAGGUUGUCGAUCCCGACGAGGCGGACGCGAAGAUCCGGAAGGAGCACAGCGAGGGAGGCGACCUGAACAAAAUCACAGGCGACGAAUUCAAGGCUUUCCUGACAAAGGCUGGCGAGAAGCCCAAGGGCGGGCUGUCCAAGAUGCCCAAGCCCAAGCUCAGGGAGCUCGUCGACGCGGUCCUAGCCAGGUCGCAGUGA